AUGGGUUAUCAUGACCUCGUGCUGGACCGGCAGGUCCUGGUGUGGGUGCUCAUCCCCCUCACCAUGUCCAUCAUGCUGAUGAUGCUGUUGCGGCAGUAUGCGCAUCAGCUGAUGUCAAGCGAGGCGCCACCCAAAACCAGUGCGAAGGAGAUAGGCGAGGCUCAGGCCGUGAGCCGUGCGCACAAGCUGAGGGAACAGGCCGGAUGGAUACCGCCUCAGGCGUUCAGGAUGCGAAGGGCGUACUUCAUUGCGAAGGACACAGGGGUCUUCCAUCAAAAAGCUGAGUCGAAGUCCAUGCAAGAGGCAAUGGCCACAGAUCCGUCCAUGAUGGUGGACAUGCUCAAGAAGAAUCUGACUGGCCUCAUACCACAGAUCGUGAUGGGCGCAUGGGUAAACUACUUCUUUGCUGGGUUUGUUCUUGGCAAAGUUCCCUUCUCUCUCAGUCCGCGCUUCAGGCCGAUGUUGCAGAGGGGAAUCGACAUGUCUUCAUUGGAUGUGUCGUAUUUCACAAGCCUGUCAUAUUACAUUCUCCUCCUAUUUGGGCUGCGCGGGGUGUUUUCACUCUUCUUCCGUGAGGAGACCAUUGAUGACACCGAACUGAUGCGAAGGCAGAUGAAUCCCAUGAGUGCAAUGAAUCCUGGAUUCGAUGCCCAAAAGGCGUUUGAUGCUGAAAGAGAGAACCUUGAAGUGUAUGAUCACACCUGGAAGCUUCAGGGUGUUGAAGAGCGGGCGUGCAAAGCACUGCAGAAGUUCUUGGACACGCCUCUCAAUUGA